UAAAACCAUUGGUUUUUGAUGGCUAUAACCUGUGAAAGAUAACGAAUUCUUGUUGUGGCCAUGGUUUGAAAAUGCAGAGGAACUGCAGCAGUGAUGUGCUGAUCACCGGUUGAAAGAAGUUUUUGCACACCUCUGCUGGUGGUUCUGUUGUUGCUGUUGAGUUUGCAGGUUUUGGUUCCAGGAUGGUGGAGGAGUCGUGGUUGUGGGUUUUGUUUGUGGGAGCAUUGAGCUUCAGCAUUCUGUUGCAGUGGGGUUUGAAUAGGAAGCGCAAGUUGAAGCUUCCGCCUGGCCCGACUGCAUGGCCAAUCGUUGGAUGCGUUUUCGGUCUGCCGAGGUUGAACCCACCUGAGAAGUUGUUCAACAAGCUCUCGGAGAAGUAUGGGGAGCUCAUGCUUCUGCAGCUGGGGUCGUGGUCGAUAGUGGUGACGUCUAGUGCCAGGAUGGCUAUGGAGAUUCUCAAAACACACGACAACGAGUUUGCGAACCGCCCGGACGUUAUCAGUUCCCGUCUUAAUUUCAAUAACACGGGUCUGAUUCAGAUGCACAGCACUAAUCCGCUUUUCAAAAGAACGCGUCGCAUGUUUAGUGCAGAGAUUGUAUCACCAAGAAAAGUUUUGGAGACGGGCGUCAUAAGGAGAAAGCAGACUCUCAGAACGUUGCGCUCCAUAGUCCAAGAUUUCGAUGCUGGUCGGAGCGUGAACUUCACUCAUGAGAUGAAAACCCUGGCUAUGAACCUUUCGAUGAGCAUAUGCUUUGGAACAGACUACGCCACUAAGGUCAACGAUGAGGCAGAGGCUCUCAUUCACACAUACGGCAAGAUCAUGGCCAUCUGGACGCGACGGAGUUUGGGGGCCAUCUUCCCCGCUCUUCGAUGGCUAGAUUUGGAUGGCAUAGAAUCUGGCUUCGCCGACGUGGAACUCCAGCUGCGGACGAAUAUCACAGCUCUGAUUGAGAAGAAGAAGCAGGAGAUGAGCAUGUGGUCGGCGGAGGAUAUCCAAGCCGGGGCCAACGAAGGAGACGUAAUGACCAAGUUCUUGUCCAUGGAAGGCGAGGAUCGCUGCAGCGAGGACCAACUCAUCUCCGUCGUGUUCACAAUCCUCCUCGCCGGCACCGACACAGUGUUCAACGUCGUCACGGAAGCAAUGUAUGCGCUUCUGAUGCAUCCCAACUUUUACCACAGGGCAGUCGAGGAGCUCGACGCAGUCGUGGGCAAAUCACGAUUGGUCGAAGAAGCAGACAUUCCCAAACUUCCCAUGAUUCAGAACAUCAUCAAGGAGACGUUCCGCAUCAAACCGGCAGGCCCGUCGCUGGUCCCGCGCAAGAACUUCGAGGCAUGCGAAGUAGCAGGAUAUCAUAUUCCGGCGAAUACCACCGUGUUCGUGAACUGCAUACCCUUAAUGCGCGACCCUAGCUUUUGGGACUCUCCGGACGAAUUCAAUCCGGACCGUUUCAUCGACUCGAAGGUCACUGUGCUGGGAUCGGACUUCAACUACCUCCCAUUCGGCUACGGCAAGCGGACCUGCCCCGGCCUCAACCUCGGCAUGAUCACGGUGCAGUACAUAUUGGCUGCGUGUCUGCAAUGUAUCAGCUGGAAGCUCAGCAGGCCGCGGCGUUUAGAUAUAGAAACCGACGACGAUCCCCGGAAGGUGGACGACGUGAUGGUAGAUGGGAAGCAGCGAGUGGACCCAGCUCUGCUUGAAUUUGCGCCGCAACCAGUGAAAUAGGCAUUCGGCGAGUUGGGACUGCAGCCACAUCCGGUGGCGCAAGAUUCACAGCGUUGGGAGUUGUGAGUUGCCGCUGGCCUUGCGUGAAUGUCAAGAUGUAUAGUUUCAGAUUUUGUGAACCACAAGCUUUGAGGUUGUGGACGUGAGUUCGUUAAGUACGCAACAAUAAUACUUAAGAAAACAAAACAUAAUAUGCAACACAAAUAAUGAUAUUUACUAAUUAUUGUAAAGUGUGUACUACAAAAGUUGAUGCCAACCUGAGUUAUGAAGGGACACUAUGUGAUAAUGUAAUUAUAACCAUCUAAAUACAACCACCUUGGUUACUUACUAACCCCCUCUUU